UAUCGCAGGCAUUAUUUGUUUGCAAAUUUUGAUCAUAAAGUACACACAACAAGGGAAUUAUCUGUUUAAACAAAACUUUUAAAGUGACAAUACUGAAAUCUUCAUCAAAACCGUGUCAAUCAAAAUGGAAAGGAUUUGUUUAAGUUUUGUAAAAAUGCUAUUGCUGUUUAUUUGUGUGAAUAUAGUUAAAGGGCUUCCUUUAAAAGAUGGAAAGGAUUAUGCACAAAAUAAGGAUAAAAUCGGUUAUUUUACAAACAAUUUUACAAAAGUUGCCAUGGUUUUAACCGACGGAGAUAAAAGUGGAGAGAAAUUUGAAAAAGAUUCAAAUGGAAAUGGGAGUGAAAAUUAUACAAGAACGUUAUCAAAUUCAAAAAUGGAACGUUUAAGUUUGUUAAAUGCGAUUAAUAAUUCAAAGCCAAAUUCUUUGGAUUUGUCACUAAACGAUAUGAGAAUUGGUAUUCAAGAAAAAAGUGAUGGAAGUCAGGAGUUCGUAGAUGAUUCUUCAGUGGAAACAAGCAGUAUCAAACUUGGGUUUUCCAAAGGCAAUGGUGACAAUUUGAUUACUCCGUUGACAAAAGGCGGUAGAGACGUUGGGUACCAGAUGGACGGCCCCGCCGGAAGUCAAGUUUUGAAGGAACCGACCGCUGAAAUCCGGGUGACGGUCAUCAAACGAUCUGGACGGUAUUGGGAGCCCUGGGAGCUAAAUUAUAAUGUAUGUCCACCAUCUCUGUGUACGGCAUACGACGAAGGUAUUCGACCCAGGGGUACAGGAGGCUCCGUAUUUUACAACGGCGAUAUUGUUUUGGAUAAAGAGUCUGAGAAAAUAAUCUUCCCCAACGAGUUACGCUGGCGGGCGGGCCGCCGGAAGCGUGCCACCAUGAGGUCCUCGCGCACGUGGAUAGGGGGCGUUGUACCGUACAUAUUCGCAGAAGACAUUCAGUCAAAGUCUCGUUCCGUGAUCCGGAAGGCGAUGAAAGAGAUCGAGAACAAGACUUGUAUCAACUUCCGGAGUAAGAAACCCACAGAUAACGACUAUAUCCGGUUUAUCAGCGAACCUGGGUGUUGGUCCAGUGUUGGGAAGGUGGGUGGGGAACAGAAAGUGUCGAUAGGAAAGGGUUGUGAGAGAGUCGGUGUUGCCAUCCACGAGAUCUCCCAUGCGCUUGGGUUCUGGCACGAGCAGGCCCGUCCAGACCGUGACGAAUUCGUAAAGAUACUAGAAGAAAACGUGUCGCCCCGCUACCUUCCAGACUUCAGGAAGGCGAACCCGGAACUGGUGUCUAGCCGAGGAUAUCCGUAUGACUAUCAGAGCAUUAUGCACUACAGCGAGAAAGCGUUUACAAACCUCGGGGAAAAGACAAUCACGGUAAUUGGGAUCGGCAAGACGCUUGGAAUGAAAAUCGGGCAGCGGGAGGAACUGAGUAACAUCGACAUCGCACAGCUACGUGAUAUGUACAACUGUAACGACAAAGAAGACGAUGAAGUUACAGCUUGUCCAACUGGGUGGCGAAAAAACGGGCGAUCCUGUUACAAGUUCGAAUCUGACAUGGCGGAGCAGUUCUCUGGGGCGGCGCGACACUGCGAGGGACUCAACUCCCGACUUCUACACAUAGACGACGCCCGGGAGGACACGCAUAUUAAGAGAUUUAUGAAAAAGAAGUACCCUGACGUUAAAGUCUGGCGGACGGGCGGACGCAUUGUCAAUGGCACAUUUGCCUGGUAUACUAGUGAAAAAGGCACGCCCAUUUCUAUGACGUAUACAAAAUGGCAAAAGGGUCAACCGGGCUCCGCCAGCUCCCUAGCGCUCGUCUUCAACCGCCAAAAGGACCGUGUCCGCUGGCAAGGGGUAUGGCUGGGCUCGUACUCUCAACUUCCGGAACAUGCGUACCCAUUCAUCUGUGAAAGGAGAGCAAGACGCACGUGCAUCCCUGGUCAAUAUCCAGAUGGACGCGACUACCGGGGCGCCCUCGAUCACACGAUCGAUGGAUACACGUGUCAGAAAUGGAACGAGCACUACCCACAUGACCACGCCCUCCUGCCACGCUCCUACAAUGGUACUGAGGAAAAUAAAGAUGGACUUGGGGAUCACAACUACUGUCGGAACCCUGCAAGUAAUCGUCGCAGCAGGCCUUGGUGUUUUACCACGAAGAAGAAGUACACGUGGCAGUAUUGUGACGUCAGCGUCUGCGCAAAGAGGUUGCAAGCAGACGACACUCAAGCAGACGACAAAAAUCCAAAAGACAAAGGAAGCAAUAAACACAACAGACGAGAUUUGGAUGAAGAAAAGGGUGCAGACGAUAAACGAAAUAAUAAACAUAACAGACGAGAUUUGGAUGAAGACGAAGGUGCAGACGACAAACGAAAUAAUAAACAUAACAGACGAGAGUUGGAUAAAGACGAAGGUGCAGGCUAUAAACGAAAUAAUAAACAUAACAGACGAGAUGUUAAUGAUAAAAAUAAGAAAGGUGAUCGUGAUAAAGAAGAUAAAGGUAAUGAUAAAAAUUCAGUCAAGGAUGAAAGUAAAAACAAAGCGGAAAAGGACAAAGACACUAUAAAUAACUCGGCGAAUAAGGAUAAGCAUACUUCAGGUAAAGGUAGAAAUAAAAAUCGUGAUUCUAAAAAAGACAGGAAAGAUCGACGUAAACAUGAGAGGAAAGACAAAAAUAAGAGAAAAAAUAAGUCUCAUAAAAAAGACAAAUCAUCAAAGCCAGUAAAAGUACCUGAAAGUGAAAAGAACGAAGUGAAAUUUAGAUGAUGAAACUUAAAUUUAGAUGUGUUAAUUGAACAGAGUUGUAUUGACAACGUUUUAUAUGAUAUUAUUUAUCAUUAUUAUAUUCACUUAAAUGGUUUGAUAUUCAUAAACAUGAACGGAUAUGCAAUCAUUAAAAUCGUGUACAUUCUUGUUCACUUAAUUAUAUGUUUUUGUGUUAUAACAAAA